AUGUCACUUCGCUCUCGCUGCUGCUGCUGCUACAAGCUGCAACUUCACCACUUCAACCACGUCGACUUCGACAGCCACUUCAACUUGACCAACCUCCACGGUCCGAACCCCCAGGGCGACGACCUUCUUCUUCGUCCCUCUUCUUCUUAUUAUGAUUGUCCUUCUCUCCCUCCCGCGACAAUCGAGGGACCUGACCGGACGGCGGGCGAGGACGAGGAACAAGGACGGGAAGGAAAGCGUAGAGUCGAGGGUCGAGGGUCGCGGGCGUCUGCGUUCUUUGUGAGGAAGCGAGCAAGUGCGAAAAAAGCGAGAGUCAAGAGCGUCAAAGAGAGAAAAGCAGAAGAGAAAGACGAGAGAGAGAAAGACGCGGAAGCAAGUCAGCAGAAGGACGGAAAGAUAGAAGAAGUAGAAGUAGAAGUAAGAAGUAAAGAGAAGAAAGGCCUAUUCUUGCUCGUCCUCGUCUUGUUCUUCGUCUUCUUUCUUCCGCUAAACUGCGUCUUCUUCUGCUUCUUCUAUCAACUUUUUGUCCUUCUUUCCGCUCGCCAAGACCAUUAA